AUGAUUACAACGACAAACUCAACAGUGGGUGGAAUAGAAGGAUUUAAAGUAUGGCUAUGUUCCCCCUCCUUAGCAGUUGGGUUUCAACAACAAUCGAUUUAUUUCUCAGCAAUUAACAUUUUCCUCUCCAUCACAGCAUUUCUUGGGAAUUUUCUAAUCCUCGUUGCCCUUAACAAGGAAUCGUCCCUUCAUCCACCGUCCAAACUCUUGUAUCGUAGUCUGGCAACAACUGAUUUGUUGGUUGGUCUUGUUACCCAGCCUCUCGCUGCUACUCAUUGGAUGUCCUUGGUUCACGAACAUUGGAGUUUUUGUCAAUACGCAAGGGGCGCAGCCUUCAAAUCGGGCUUUGUAUUAUGUUCAGUGUCUUUGUUGACGUUGACGGCCAUAAGCGUGGACAGACUUCUCGCUCUGUUGUUGGGAAUAAGAUACAGACAAAUAGUAACGUUAAAGCGAACAGGUAUCAUUACAGCUUCUUUUUGGAUUUUAUCCGUCGCCGCUGGGUUAUUUUCCAUUUUGCAUAAUCGAAUAGCCAUUUCGUGUUAUAUUAUAGUCAUACCGUCAUGCUCAGUGAUCUCAAUCGCCUCGUACACAAAAAUAUUUGGCACUCUUAGACAUCAUCAGACUCAUGUACAAGAUCAUGUUCAACAACAGCCGAGCCAACCAAAUGCAAUGAACAUGGCGCGAUACAGGAAGGCAGUAAACAGUGCACUGUGGGUGCAGUUAGCAUUAGUUGUUUGUUAUGUACCAAAAUUUAUAAUCUUGAUUGUGAUCUCUCAUGCAAAAACUUAUUCUUCUCAUGUAGUCGUUAUAACUGCAAUAGCAAAUAUUUUAACAUAUUUUAACUCCACUUUGAACCCGUUUCUUUACUGUUGGAAAAUCAAAGAAGUGAGACAAGCAGUAAAGCAGACAAUCCGACAAGCACUUUGCUUUCUAUGGACUUAG